UGUGGUGGCGGACGCACCGGCCGUGUCGCCCCGCGCCGUAUGCCCGAGCACGUCGUGUAGUGCAGUGCGUUGCAGUGCGUUGCGGUGCGUCGCGGUGCAGUGAACCAACAAGAAGGUCCUGGAGGCCUCCACGCCGGCCUCAAGCUGCGGAAUCCGCGGAGGGGGAGCCAUCGGAGGAGGCCGUCCCUGACGGGGUCCCUGACGACGACCCUCACGACGUCCCUGACGGCGUCCCGGUGCGGCGAUACGGCCACCCUGUCCGUCCAGCCGUCGGCCCCCUUCUGCGAGCGGGUGUCCCCUCUGCUGGGGCUCCCGCCAAACCUGCCCUCCUCCAUGGUGAACCUGGGCCCGGUGCGGAGCCUCAAGAUCUCGCCGGUGAAGGCCGAGGUGCUGAUGGACCGGCCCCACCAGGGUAAGGACGUGACCUUGUGCCUGUCCGACAAUUGGCCCGAGAAGCGGCGCAUGUCCCUGUGCGUGGGCUGCGGCGCGGGCAUCCACGACCAGUUCAUCCUUCGAGUAGCGCCCGACUUGGAGUGGCACGCGGCCUGCCUGCGCUGCACCGAGUGCCAGGUCUUCCUCGACGAGAACUGCACGUGCUUCGUCCGGGACGGCAAGACCUACUGCAAGAGAGAUUACGUGAGACUGUUUGGCACCAAGUGCGACAAGUGCGGGCUGUCCUUUAGCAAGAACGACUUCGUGAUGCGGGCCAAGACGAAGAUCUACCACAUCGAGUGCUUCCGGUGCACGGCCUGCGAGCGCCAGCUCAUCCCGGGGGACGAGUUCGCGCUGCGGGACGACGGGCUGUUCUGCAAGGAGGACCACGAGCACAUGGACACCAAGCCGCACCCGGAGAGCAACAACAACAGCACCACCGCCAACAACAACAACACCCUCAACCACCACAGCAACGAGGGCUCCAACUCGGAUUCCUCCGAGUCGGGGUCCCACAAGACGUCGCACGGUCGCGAGUCCGGGGGCGGCGGCCGCGGCUCGGGCAAGGCGCCGGGGGACGGCAAGCCGACGCGCGUCCGCACCGUGCUCAACGAGAAGCAGCUCCACACGCUGCGGACCUGCUACUCCGCCAACCCCCGGCCCGACGCGCUCAUGAAGGAGCAGCUGGUGGAGAUGACGCAGCUGUCCCCGCGCGUCAUCCGGGUCUGGUUUCAGAACAAGCGCUGCAAGGACAAGAAGCGCGCCAUCGCCAUGAAGCAGCAGCAGCAGCAGGAGAAGUGCUGGGUGCUGCAGGACGGCCGCAAGAUGGGCUACGGCUCGAUGCAAGGCAUCCCCAUGGUGGCCAGCUCGCCGGUGCGGCACGAGUCCCCGCUCGGCAUGAACCCCAUCGAGGUGCAGUCCUACCAACCGCCCUGGAAGGCGCUGUCGGACUUCGCGCUGCACACGGACCUGGAGCGGCUGGACCCCACCACGCCGCCCUUCCAGCACCUCGUCAACCAGAUGCACGGCUACGACGUGCACGGAGGGCCCCCUGUCCACGGCCCCCCGCUGGGCCACGCCCCCGUCCCCGGGCCCCCGCCGGGGGACUGCCGGCCGCACCCCCUGGGGGGCCCGGGGCCGCACGGGCCGCUGUCCGCGGACAUGGCGCACCCCGACUCGACGGACUCGUACGUCACCUACCUGGAGAGCGACGACUCGCUGGGGCAGCACGAGGCCGCCAGUCCAUAACAGGCUGUCGAGGAUAAGGAGAUGCCAUGCUGCCCUGGACGACCAUCCACAGCAGAAGCAGUUUCGGAAGAUGUUAAUUUAUUAUUAUUAUUUGAGAGAAAAAAUGUGUGUAAUUUUAAAUUGGGAAUAGAGAUAUUCUGAGUGAUGUAUAAUUUAUAGCAAAUUCUUUCAGUUGAAGAAACAGAUAGUGAUUCAGCUCUGAAGAGUAGUGUGAACCAGUUUAAAAGUUGCUAAAAUAUUUGUUGGAUUGAUACUUGUUUAAAGAGUUGAUUUCACAUGUCAUCAUCAUACCUUUGACCAAAAAUUGCGGCGAUGACAUUUUGUUUCUCUGAAAGGAAAAUUUCUGUGAUGCCUUGAAUGUAAAAUGUGAAGAAGUUUAUUUGUUAGUCUUUACUUGUACAGGGGAUCUCGUCCCGUGAACCUAAUUAGUUAGGAGUGUGUAGCCUCUGCAGUUUGGCUGGUGAUGUUUCUGAAGGCUCCCUUGUUUGUUUCUUUGUUUGUUGGUUUGUUUGUUUCCUUUUUGUUGUUCAAAAUUAUUGUUUCACUUGUCUUACAACGUGGAGUACCUUGGUCUAUCAAUUUUGGGCAAGGCCCACCCGUUUUGACAAACCCUGUUGAAAGCAAUGCUAGCUACAUGUAUUACCCCUUUGAAAGUUGCUCCAUGCUUGGCGGCUUGGCUAGUGUUGAAAUUGGAAAUGUUUUGUGCUACGUGAUACAGUCUGCUGUCCUAUCAAGUAGAGAGGGGCUAUGAGGCCUGAUGAAGACACCUCAGUGCAAAUGUUUGCCUGUCAUCAAUAUCAUGUAUGACCAUUCUUACUGGUGCUUGUUUCAAAUGCUGCUCUGUUGUUGGGAUUUUAUAGCAGUCUAUUUUGCACAUCCAAUUCCACAUCUCCAGGGAAAAUGAACCUAAGUCAUGUGAGACAAAUGGGCUGUUAAGACUAUAUCAGAAACUUUCAACAGCUAUUAGGGGGAAGCAUAGAAACUCAUGUAAAUAUGUAAAGAUGUACAAGCAGGUGAUUACGAGUGAUGAAAAAUUCUUUGAGUUGUUGAUCACUCUUUCAUUUUUGUUGUUUUUGUUGCUCUCUAUUCUAUGCGGACUUUGUAGUGUUGGAGUUACUGCAAUUUGUUACCACAGUUAUGUCAUUUCUCCUUUUUUACCCUAUUGUCUUAACACAUCACGAGUUAUGGCAUGACCCUUAAUAAAUGUUGCAGAAAUUUAA